AGCGACUGUCUCUCUUCUCGAACCAUUCUUUGUGCCUCAAGUUACCAACAUGAAGGGAACCAUUUCCAAAGUCGGAGCGGCAGCGCUGCUUGCUACUACUAAUGCUCAGCUGUACCCCAACCAAAGCCCAUUCAGCCACACAUGUGAGAUCAAAGAGCCUCUUCUAUCCUGCCCUUCGCAAGACCCUUCGAAAGUUGAUUCCUGCUGCGUUGAGACCUUUGGCGGGCUAGUCCUAAGCACCCAAUUCUGGAAUACCUACACCGGCCGGGAAGCCCAAGGACAGUUCCAACCAAAAUCACAUUGGACCUUGCAUGGCCUAUGGCCAGAUUUCUGCAACGGAAGCUACACGCAAUACUGCGACUUGACGCGACAAUAUGACCCCAUCCCCUCACCCAACACGACCAACAGCCUGCCCAACGGAACCUUUGUGCCGCCCUACACCGGCCCUCCAAUCGACAGCUUCCUCGAACCCUUUGGCCGCUACGACCUCCUCGAGUACAUGAACACGUACUGGGUAGCGUGGGAGCAAGACAACGCGGGCUUCCACGGCCACGAGUUCAGCAAGCACGCGACCUGUUUCUCCACCUUCAAUAUGCCCUGCUAUGGACCGGCCUACCGCCAGCACGAGGAAGUCGUCGACUUCUUCGCCACGGCGAUAAAGUACUACAGGAAGCUUCCCACAUUCGAUUGGCUUGCCAACGCAGGCAUUGUACCUGAUAACUCGACGACAUACAGUUAUACGGCUAUCCGGGAUGUGCUGGCUGAGCAGCAUGGUGGGAUCCCUUUCUUGGGCUGCACUGGACCGCGGUUCAAUACUACAGCUGCGGGCAGGAACUCGACGGAUCGUGGUUUUACCGUGUUGAAUGAGGUGUGGUAUUAUGACCAUGUCUACGGUCGUCCCCAAGAAGCCAACACCAUCCCCGUUGACGCGUCGGCGAGUUACCUGACGAAUUGCGCGACUACCGCUGGUGCCAUUUUGUAUCCCGAGAGGAGUAAUGGGUCGGACAAGGUGCCUACGGUUCCUUUCUAG